AUGAAGAUAGCCAUUUACUAUCUUUUUGCUUUUUUAGCAAUAGACGUCGCUCUUUCAAAUUUUUAUCAGGAAGCCUACAUCGAUCAAGCGAUCCAAGAGAUCUUACGAACGAUCGAGCGGCAUGAUGUCAUUAUUAAAAUUCAGAAAUCCGAUAUCUAUGAUGGAGCACAACGUCUGCUUGAUGCCGUCGUCUCUAACGUAGCAAUAACACGACCGACACAGAUCCUUACCUCCGGAGGAUUUAGCUCCCAACCGAGAGACUUGGCUUCUUCCCGUACCCUGCUGAUCUACAUUUAUGCGUCGGACGACGAUGUCGAUGACGCGGAACUGAAUGCUAUCCUGGACGAUAUAAACUCGAUGUCUCAUCCCAAGCAUAUGCCGAAGCUCCUGUUGAUAAUCGGCUCAAACAAAGGUACGUUGGACGGUCGGCGCCAACUCAAAUACCUGUGGGAUCAAAAGCUCUUUGACGUGAUUAUCCUAGAGGUGUCCUUUCACCCGCGGCAUUCAGAGCCAGUUUUAGUGGCUGUACACCGUUUCAAUGGCUUUAAUGAGGAUUACUCGAGAAUGACCGUAUACGAACGGGGUAUCGACUGGUAUCCAAACAAGUUAAGGGACAUGCAUGGCAGUACGUUCAAGGUGAUAUUUGAAGAUAAACGUCCUUACGGUACUUUGGAAAACGGCAUAGUAGGCGGCCUGGCCAGGCUGUUCAUGAACGCAAUGUCAGACGCUGUGAACGGCACGGUGGUGCAUACGAGCGACUUGCAAGAAAACGACAUGACGUACAGUGCCGAAGGACUCGUGUACGAGGACUGGUACAGCACGCAGCACGAGCACACCGUCGCCAUCGGCGACGACAGAAUCUGCGCCCUGGUCCCGGCAAUGCCACCAGCGAAGUACCUGAUUGAUUUUUGGAACAUCAUCAUCGCGAUCCUAUUCGGUUUCCUGCUGGCGGCGGUGAUGUGGUGCGUUUCGAUGAUCAUGAACGUUGGCAAGCGAGUCCGCAAUCCUCUGAACUCGAUCAGCUUGAUCCUCGGCAUGGCGCCGCAUCACGGACCCCGUAGCCUCGUGGAGAAGAUACUGUUCGUCACUAUGGAUCUGUACAACACCGGAUUAAAGGUGGUGGUCACGCCGGUUGUGUACGACGAGCUUGCGGCUACCGAGGGACUGUCCCCCGAGUUCAUGAAGAGAUUCGUGAGCUCAGUCGAGGAGUUUCAAAAUAAACAGGGGAUGAUGGAUAUCUCGAAAGCGUAUUUUAUGUCCGAGAUUGAGGGUAAAUUGAAGGAGACCAAGUUGAAACGUGUGUAUGGCAAGUGGCUCUUCAGGCUCUCUGAUCUGUGCGUUCUAUCGCAUUAUCGCGUGCACAGACUUCGCGUAAAGUCGCCUUUCAAAAAUGAAGUUAACAGCGUGCUGCUCUCAUUAGUGGAGUCCGGCUUUACGGAUAAGUAUGUCGACGAUUUCUGGAAAGACGAAAAAUCGGGACGCAAGAGCGACGGCGGAAUGAUGAGCCUUAGAGAUUAUUCCGUGUAUGUCGCUUAUCUCGUUAUUAUUGCGGGUCACAUUAUAUCGUUCAUUAUAUUUCUAGGAGAAAUAAUAACGGAUCAAAUUUCGAAACGCAAAUACUCUUCUCUUUCACACGGUUAUUGCAAAUCAAAGAAAAUGUCAAAAAUCCAUGUUAAGAAUACAGUGACACAUAAUUAAAUUAAUUUUUAUAAAUAAUUUAAGUUAAUUUUAUAAAUUAUUUAAUUAAUUCAAAAAAUUAGAUUUUGGUUAAAAAUAUAACUAACGAAAGUGUUUCAGAAUUUACAAUGUACUUAUUAUUUUAAUAUCUUACACGUUAUCACAUUGUUUAUCGCCAAAUUGCACAAGUUAGAUGAAUCUAUAGAAUAAUUAUAAUGUUACAAGAUUAAAUUAUACUAUCUUAGUAAAAUCAAAUUUUUCAAAUCUUGGUAAUUAAAUAAGUAAAUUAAUGCUUCAAAAUUGUUUUACCUUUUAUACGUGAGAAAAGUUGACUGAAUGACUGGAAAUGUGUGAAAUCUAUAUAAUUAAGUAUAAUACAAUAAAAAUAAAAUAUUAAUAGGUAAUAUAUAUAAGCGCUUUAAUAUAUAAAGUUUUUUCAAUCGCAAUAACACGUUUAAAAAUAGAUUAAUCGGAAGAUCUUAGAUUACAAACGCUUUAGUCGUUAACUAAAAGAGGCAGGCCUCGCUUGUACGAUAGAAUAUUAUCUCAUGAAGGACGUAUGUGUAUAGAACUGUGUGACGCAAGUAUAACAAAUAAGAGUACGUGUAAGCAUGAAUAUUGCGCUUCAUUCGCCCAAUAAAAUCUUGCAAAACGAUUUACAAUUUGCAUUUCGUUUAAGAUUUGACACCAAUUACGCAGAUAUAUGCCCGGCAACUGUUACGGCGUCAGUCUGCGAUAUCGCACGAUAAGCGUUUGGAUUUUUUAAUAUUUUAAAACGUUAUUGUGACCUCGUGAAGUCUUUUUACCACUACAUAUGAUGAUCAACGGAUGUUCUUAAUUCUAUCAUUCAAACAAAUAAUCGACAAAGUAGUGUUAUAAAGAUAAUAAUAUUAAGGCGGAUAAUAAUGAGAUAAAACGCGCCUUGUUGGAACAACAUUUGAAAAAUAUGAACAGAGAUUAUAAAGUUUCCACACAAAAAUAACGUAAAAUAGCGGAGUUCCUCAUCAAGUCGAUAUUAUCAUAAUUAUUGCCAUAAUUUAUAUCGCAUAGACGAUAUAGAUUACAGCUUUGUUCUACAAAAAUAUAUUAAUUAUUUUGAUGCAAC